AAAAUUCUGGCACUUGAAACUACAAAGCAGAAACAGAUCCAAGAACUUGAACAGAAAGAUAGGCAACUACAGACGAUGAAAGAUCAGUUAGCAAAAUCUGGAAGUAAUGAGGUCACUGCUCUGCGUAGAAAGCUUGAAGAUAAAAAUAAUGAUAUAAAGAAGAAAGAACAGCUCUUCAAGUCCUUGAGUGAGGAAACUGAAAAUCUGAAAAACAAACUGUCUGCAAUCACUUUAAAAUGCAAAGAACUUGAAAGCAGCGUUCCAAAUCUUUUACCUCAGUGCCAAAGUGGAUCAUCGCAUGGAAUGGGAACACUCCAAGCUCAACUAAAAGAU